UGCACUGAAGAUUAAAAUGUAUCUCCGUACACGUUGGACAGGCAGGAUGUCAGAUGGGAAAUGCCUGCUGGGAACUCUACUGCCUGGAGCAUGGUCUUCAGCCUGAUGGUUUAAUGCCCUCAGAUAAGAGUGCUGCUGGUGGUGAUGAUAGCUUCAGCACUUUCUUCUCUGAGACUGGAUCUGGAAAACAUGUUCCAAGGGCUGUGUUUAUUGACCUGGAGCCGACUGUUAUUGAUGAGAUAAGAACUGGAACUUAUCGUCAACUAUUCCACCCUGAACAGAUGGUGACUGGUAAGGAAGAUGCUGCCAACAACUACGCUAGAGGUCACUACACUGUUGGCAAGGAGAUUGUUGAUCUUGUUCUUGACAGAAUCAGGAAGUUGGCAGAUCAAUGCACUGGUCUCCAGGGAUUCUUGAUCUUCCACUCCUUCGGUGGAGGAACUGGAUCAGGGUUCACAUCUCUUCUCAUGGAGAGAUUAUCUGUUGAUUAUGGAAAGAAGUCUAAGCUAGAGUUCUGUAUCUACCCUGCUCCACAGGUAUGUAUGGAGGAGGGUGAGUUCUCUGAAGCUAGGGAGGAUAUGGCUGCCCUGGAGAAGGAUUAUGAAGAGGCAGGAUGUCAGAUGGGAAAUGCUUGCUGGGAACUCUACUGCCUGGAGCAUGGUCUUCAGCCUGAUGGUAUGAUGCCGUCAGACAAGAGUGUUGCUGGUGGUGAUGACAGUUUCAGUACGUUCUUUGCUGAAACUGGUGCUGGAAAACAUGUCCCCAGGUAUACUUUUGCUCUCAGCGAAGAGUUUGAUACAAAGCUUCACACCAAGAGGAGCAUUCAGUUUGUGGAUUGGUGUCCCACAGGGUUCAAAGUUGGAAUCAACUAUCAGCCUCCUACUGUUAUUCCUGGAGGUGAUCUUGCCAAGGUGCAGAGAGCUGUGUGCAUGUUGUCCAACACCACAGCUAUUGCUGAGGCCUGGGCUAGACUAGACCACAAGUUUGAUCUGAUGUACGCUAAGAGAGCUUUCGUCCAUUGGUAUGUUGGAGAAGGUAUGGAGGAGGGUGAGUUCUCUGAAGCUAGAGAGGAUAUGGCUGCCCUGGAGAAGGAUUAUGAAGAGAAACGUACUGAUAAAAUGAGGGAAUGUAUCUCUGUACACGUUGGACAGGCAGGAUGUCAGAUGGGAAAUGCUUGCUGGGAACUCUACUGCCUGGAGCAUGGUCUUCAACCUGAUGGCAUGCUCCCCCCUGAUAUGAGUGUUGCCAAGGGAGAUGAUAGUUUCAGUACUUUCUUCUCAGAGACUGGAGCAGGGAAACAUGUUCCAAGGGCUGUAUUCAUUGAUCUGGAACCUACCGUUAUUGAUGAGAUUAGAACUGGAACGUAUAGACAGCUGUUUCAUCCCGAGCAGCUUGUUACAGGAAGGUUUGACGGAGCCUUGAAUGUUGAUCUGAAUGAGUUUCAGACUAACUUGGUUCCAUAUCCAAGAAUCCACUUCCCUCUGGUAACCUAUGCUCCAAUUAUCUCUGCUGAGAAGGCUUAUCAUGAGAGCUUGUCUGUAGCUGAGAUUACCAAUGCAUGCUUUGAACCUGCAAACUCCAUGGUCAAGUGUGAUCCAAGGCACGGAAAGUACAUGGCAUGCUGCAUGCUGUACAGAGGAGACGUGGUCCCUAAAGAUGUCAACGCUGCUAUUGCCACAAUCAAGACCAAGAGGAGCAUUCAGUUUGUGGAUUGGUGUCCCACAGGGUUCAAAGUUGGAAUCAACUAUCAGCCUCCUACUGUUAUUCCAGGAGCUGAUCUUGCCAAGGUGCAAAGAGCUGUGUGCAUGUUGUCCAACACUACAGCUAUAGCUGAGGCCUGGGCUAGACUAGACCACAAGUUUGAUCUGAUGUACGCUAAGAGAGCUUUCGUCCAUUGGUAUGUUGGAGAAGGUAUGGAGGAGGGUGAGUUCUCUGAAGCUAGGGAGGAUAUGGCUGCCCUGGAGAAGGAUUAUGAAGAGGUUGGAAUGGAUUCCAAUGAUGCCGAGGAGGGAGAAGGAGAUGAAUACUGAAAAAUCAACCUGGUGUCAACGUCAUUUUUAGUCUUUCAUUGAAAGUGAUCAUUUUUACAAAGAUUUUAUUCUAUUUUGAUUUAAAAAUUUAAUUUCAUCCAUAUUUCAGA